UGUGUGUGUGUCCGAGUGUGUGUGUGUGUGUGUGUGUGUGUGUGCGUGUGUGUGCGUGUGUGUGUCUUUUAUAGAGAGACAGAUGACUCCACUAAAGCUAGUAUUAUGCAAACUUUAACAUUCAAAAACGGGUGUAGUUGAUUUAUGUUGCUAAUGUAGUACUGCAGUUAUUGAAUUAUAGCAAAACAGAUCUGCUACACUUGGUUCUGAAUGUCCAACUUUGCAGUUAAUUUUUCAGAGUCUAGCCUUUGAGUAGUGAGAUGAGUACAUCUUAACCACGAGGAUAUUAAAGUAGGAUUGUUGCCAUCUUGCAAUAGAAAGUGUUGCAAGCUUUGCUGGGACAUAAUUAGUCCAAUACUCAAUUAACAGCAAAGACCCUUAGGUUCCUACUUAAUUAAUUUACGUUUGAUUGAAUUAUAGUGAAAUUGUUGUAUAAUUUGCAAAUGAUCACAAUCUGACUUGUAACAGUAAGAAAUGCUUGACUAUCAAGUUCACGGCAAAGAGACAGCCACCCUCUGUGGUUACAGAGUUCUCUCGUGGUGGUGGUGGUGGUGGUGAUGAUUUAUUGUGUAGUCAAAAGUUUUCUCAUCUUGGGGUAAUAAAGGAUAUGCAAUUAAAACUUUGAUGUCGCAGCUGUGGAGAGUAGAAAACAGAAAUUUUGGGGGCGUCAACUCAUUAGCUGCUCGUGUGUACAGAACACAUGUUUGAAGGAUAAUGUGUGGAAGAAACUGGGUGGACGUACAACUUUUCCCAAUUUUAUCAUAUGGUAGCCAAUUUAAUAUGGAAUAUAGAGAAAAUGUCUGUAUCUAAGCUAGUAGGUGGAACAAAUCGGAAGGGUAUCAAGAGAGGUAUCGGACUGAGACGAAAAGGAUUCGGUACGAUAUCGACUGGGAGAUUGGUUUGCAGAAGCAUCGGUACAGGUCCAGAGGUCUGCGGUCUUGUAUAUGAAAACUGCUUUGGAAUUGUCAAACCCUCUUGUUUGAGGGCUUGCACUUAUGACAUAUAGAGACAAUUUAGGGCAUUCGUUGAGGUAUUCUGUAGGAAAUCUGUUAGCUCUAAAUUAUAGAGAAUUAAAGUUUCUGUGUUGACCUAGUUUUAUUUGUGUUCUGGUUUGUCUUGUUUGUGUAGAGUAUUUGUUGGUAUGCGUGUAUGUUACGUCUUGUGUUGUAAUGGGAAAGAUACUUUGUGAUGAAUGCAAACCUUUCCAGAAGUGCACAAUGAAUCAAAACGUUAAGUUUUUUGUUUCCCCAUCUUGCCAGGCAAUUCUAAACAACAGUGCUAUUCGCAGUGUUUAUAUUGCCAUCCCUAUUGAUGUCGACUAUGUGGAUGAAUCAGAAACUGAGAAACCUGUAGUGGUACAUCCGUCAUCAUUUGUCUCCAUUAAUAAUGAGGUCUCUGCAACUUCGAAUGUAAGUGUUGAAGAAAAGUAUAUCGACAAGGAACAUCUUCAAACGAAAAUCACUUAUAUAUUGAGAGUUGAUGUUCAUGAAGUACACUUAACUGUUUCUAUAACCAACAGUACAUGGAUGUUUCUGCGUUUGUCAGCUCAAGCUGGAUUACGACUUUUGCAAACCUUGAGUGCACAAGAGUCUAAACAUUUCUUUGCUUCGAUGAUUGCAGAAGCAUUCCACUCUGAGUCAGCAAGAAAUGUCUCUAUUAAGUUGAAAUUGAGCAACUUGCCAUCACAUACAUUUAUAUUAUUCCUACUGGGAUAUUUUGUGUCAAUCAGAAGAUGUUCAUCUCAUUACAACUGAUGAUAAGGUGGACAGCGGGAGAGAUUUGUUUGGAAUUGUUAUUGGGACUGCCAAUACUUGUUUAUCUGAUCAUAACAUCAUGUGUGUUCAUGGGUUUUUCAAUGAGCAGCAGAUCUGAUGUUGGAGCUGUUGAUCAUUCUACGUCAUUACGCCAUUAUUUAAGCACAGGAAGUGCAAGGAGAAUGUGGCAGAUGAACCAGAGGACGUUGACAAGAUACUUGGGUCAGCGAAACAUUGUUUCCCAUUUUGCAAGCACGAGAAGACAUUGAUUUGGUGAAGUCUAGAGAACUUGGUCUACCGAUGCUAACAGCAAUUGUGAAACAACUGGAUGGAUGUGGUUGAAUACUCAUUGUCAUCAGCAAGAACUACUGGAACAAAACAGAGUGGAAAUACGAGGUCAAUCAGGCUUUGUCACAAGGCAUGGAACAGAAGCGCUCUACCGUGAUACCAAUUGUACUAGACGGUUGUGAGAUGCCUUAAGAACUCCAAUAUCUAAUAGCUCUUAGUGCAAACGACGACGACUUUACGAAUCGUCUCUUAGCAGCAAUAUACGGCCGAAACUACGUAGCAAGAACACCAGAUCUGCAAUUGCAACAUUCGUGACAAAUAUCUGUUAGAUCUGAAACUUAGAAUACUUUGUUUGCUGUGACUAUAGCCAAGUCUCUGUACUUAGCUAAUUGAUUAAUUGAUUGGCUAAUUGAUUAAUUGAUUAUCUAAUUGAUUGCCUAGAAGAAAGCUAGACCAUACGAUUUUGAGUUACAAUUUGACUGCUGUCUAGACAGCAUUGAGUGUUGUUUAUGUAUUUUUUUUAAAAAUCAAAUUUUUAAUAG